UCCUGGUUUAGUCCUGGUUUAGUCCUGGUUUAGUCCUGGUUUAGUCCUGGUUCAGUCCUGGUUUAGUCCUGGUUCAGUCCUGGUUCAGUCCUGGUUCAGUCCUGGUUUAGUCUCAGGUUUCAGACUCAGAUCUUCUGGAGGUGUGGCUCUUGUGGCUCCUUCUGGCUCCUGUGGUGAGUCUUGAUCUGGUGCAACUCCAACCACAAAACCCCGUCUAGACUCUCCUCCUCCUCCCCUCUCCUCCUCAGUGUUCUGUCGUUCAUUCAUUCUCUCGUUCUCUUGUUCUGUGGUUCUGUUGUUGUGUUGUUGUUGUGUUGUUGUUGUUGUUGUUGUUGUUGUUGGUCCUCAGGAGUCAUGUGUGUGUUUUCUGUUUCUCUCGUGUUCUGUGGAGUUUGGACGUUUCACUUCGUUCAAGUUCACACUGGGGACGUCCUGUGGGGGUUUGAGGCUCCGCUGCUCGACGGCGCCCCCGUGGACUCCUGUGGGAACAGCAUCCGCCUCCCGCCUCCCGUCGACCCCCCUGUCGCCACGGCAACCGAACACCCCUCUGUCGCCAUGGCAAACGAAGACCCCCCUGUCGCCAAGAAUAAACCGACGCCCCCAAAACCUGCCGUCCAAUCAAAACCAGCCCCUCCCAAGAACGGACCAAUCAGACCCCAGCCCCACCUCAGCUUCCUUCUUGACAUUCUGACUCAGCCAAUCAGAGCGCAGCCGUCGUCCUCUGAGAGCAGCGAGGACAAAACGGCGUCUCACGGCGUCCGAAACUCACCGCCAGUCGCCUCAUUCUCAUCAGAGGAGAACUGACCGAGACCGCGGCGACGGGACCGCGGCGACGGGACCGAGCGGCGACGGGACCGAGGCCGCGGCGACGGGACCGAGAACCGAGAACCACAUCAGAGAAAAGUGUAAUAUGGGAACUUUAAAUGUGAGGUUAAAGCUGCACUGUGUAACUUUUCAGGUGGAGGGUCCGUCACCUGGUUAUUUCUUUGUCUAGAAUGUUCCACGGGCCACAUUACAGGUCAGAUCUGUGGAGAGGCGUCUCUAAACACAUGGGGAAUAAUUGUAUUUUGAGCAACAGAAACUAAAACCUUGUCAUGUCUCACUUCAGCCUCUGGUUUAUUUUAAAGACUCAUGUUUAUUUCUUGGUGUUAAAUAAAAUAAAAUGAUCAGAUAAAGUGA